AACUUCCGCUGCAGUGGAGUUUCUUAGGUCUUAUGAGAUGCAGACCACACAGCUGGACAGUGGGACCAUUGAGAUAAGCUCUGAAUAUCCCACUUAGGCUUUAAACCUCUUAAGCUAUUGUCACCAACUAGGACAGAACAUCUGCUCAGGCAUCUAGGUGCUUUACUGGUCGCGAAGACAUUGAAUGGAUUUCGUCUUCAAACAUGACUGUAUCAUUAUACAAGAUAGGUGAUUCUCUUGCAAGUUCCCCCUCAUUCCGUCCUUUUUGCAACACCAACCAACUCUUUCUAUUUCGCACUCAACCUUCCUACUCACUCAUUACAACUGCUGCAAUGUCCGACUCCGAAGAACCAAGAUGGGACGAAGACCCCUUAGUGGCAACCGCUGAGGUCCAACGCCUCUAUGACUCCGACGUCCCCUUCUUCACCAAAGACCGAAGUCUCCAGGAGAACAACGAGCCCGGUAAGAAGGCAUACACCAGAGACCUAGACGGGAAGCUCAAAUGGUUCAAGAUCAAAACUGGUGAAGUAUUCGCCGAUCCAGAAGAUGACUCGGAGUGGAUCGGCUACCCGAUACUCUACUACGUUUCUAUUCAGCACUUGCUGGAUCAAGAAUGGGGAUGGAAUUCGCCAUACAGUAAUCUUCGCGUUGUGCAUCGCCUUGAGUGUCGCGACAAGCCUGCUGAAGAGCUAGACCAGCAAAGAAAACACGAAAGCCUGCAGAGAGCCAUGGAUACCUGGAGAGACUCUCAAUCCUGGAAGCAGCUGAAGUCGGCGUUGAGCGGCGUUUCAAUCGCCCCGAUCAAGAAGCUCGUUGCGUUUGCUCUUAGUUCAAUGCGGGCAUUCUCGGACGUGCCGCAUGACAAUCGCUCGCUGUUCCAACAUGCUCUUCUUAUGACCCUGCGGGAUAUUCUUCUUGAGAAUACAGCUCAGAGAGAUGAUGGAAUCAAAUGUUAUGCUCAAGACCCAGCAUAUUCCGAGCAUGAUAUCGCCGUCCUGCAGAGCUGCGGCGUCACCGUUGUACCGGAUCCAGAGGGGUUUUUAGAGGUCGAUGUGGAGACCGUCGUCAUCUCCAUCAGCCCCAAUGUGCCUGUCAAACAGGUGGUCUCUGAGAUUGCUCGACCUGCUUUGAUUAUAUGGGAUUCAAUCAGGGGAAACGGGCUUGAAGAGACACCAUCGACUGAUCCGGAUUCACCUCGCCUGCAGAAGUGGAUAGCCGAGCACUACGAGACCCUUGAAUUUCCGCACGAGCCGGAACUCUUUGGGAGAAUUGCUGUGCGAUACGCCUGGUCUCGAAACAAACUACCUACUCCUCUAAAUCGAAGAAAAACCGAUAUCUACCUACCCCCUCAAUACCUUGCCCAGUUUUUGCAGCAACUCGAGAACGAUGACGGACACAAUACAGCCGCAGAGUUGAAGGACGCCACACCCAAUCCCGCCGACUCCGAAGAUACCAACGGAUUAGCAUCUUCUCUGCGCGGUGAGGAUGCAGAUGUGGAAUCGCUGGGACGAGUGGUGACACUACCUGAGCGCAAUCUUGCCCUGGACCGGACCAAAUCCAUUCCCAUCACUCCUCAAAAGACGUCCGAUGGCAGUACACUGUCGGCUGGUACACCACCGAUGACCCAAAGAACCCAAAACUGGUCCUCGCUCAAAAAGUCGUUUGUCAUGUUCGUCCUCUGCACUUACACAUUCACCGUGCACAGCGCUGGACCGACGUAUUCUAUUGUUGGAGAGCAGAUCGAGCACUAUUCCGGAGUCAGUGAAGUUGCUGCCUCGCUCGGUCUUGGGUUAUAUAUCCUCGCAUAUGGUAUUGGCGAUCUCGCCUUUGCGCCCCUGAGUGAAAUUCCAGUCAUCGGCCGUAACCCGGUCUACUGGCACCGUUUAUCAUCUUCUGGGUCAUCUCCUUUGCUGAAGUCGUGAUCGAUGACUUUGGAUCUCUUCU